AUGUCAUCCCCCAAACACAAAGCACAGCAUACUUUCCCCGCAUACAAGGUCAAUUCUCCGCGAACACCUGCGAUCGACUACAAUCUCAAUUCUUCCUUCCAUUCUCAUCACUUUCCUCCUGACCAUCAACUUAAUCCCCAUUUUGUCCGGAUCUACCAACUCGGAGACGAGCUUGGUUCAGGGGGUUACGGUUUCGUGGUCACGGCGAAACACCGGAUUGAGGGCCACGAGGUUGCGGUCAAGUUUAUCAUAAAGGAAAAGGUGCCAGACUAUGCGUGGGUGAACGAUGAAAGAUACGGAAGGUUGCCCACAGAAGUCAUUAUACUUAGCAACAUCGAACACGACAAUAUUGUGAAGUGUUUGGAUAUCUUUGAAGAUGCGGAGUACUACUAUCUAGUACAGGAACUCCACGGUACACCAUGGCACAAUCCUGAUCAUGACAAGAAACUGACAGUUGCAGAGAACGUUCAGCCUACUGAGCCUUUAUCUGUUCCUCCAUUAUCCCCUUCAGUCUCGGCGGACUCGAUAUCCAGUCUAUCCCCUUCAACUCCAUCGCAUACAUCCAGCGUUAUUGCCUCGCACAAUUCAAAGCACAAGCCCAAGGCACCUCGACCACCGAAGUUCCCUCGCAGACCAUCCCAUGAUCUUUUUGAGUGCAUCGAACAAUCGGAUAACAAGUGUCUCUCUGAGGACCAAGCUCGCCAUGUUUUUGCCCAAAUCGUCGAUGCCGUCGACUAUCUUGACUCUAUAGGCGUGGCUCAUCGUGACAUCAAGGAUGAGAACAUUGUCAUUGACGGGAAUCUGAAAGUCAAACUUAUUGACUUUGGCAGCGCCACCUUCACCGAUCCCGCCGCCGAACCACGUCCAUUCUACAACCUAUUUUACGGAACCACUGCAUAUGCGGCAUCCGAAAUUUUACAGAAAAAGGUCUAUCAAGCCGCACCUGCAGAGGUGUGGACGCUUGGUGUGCUUCUUUCCUAUCUUCUUACUGGAACUUCACCGUUCCCCACGGCUAAAGAUGCUGUAGCGGGCAGGAUUGUGCUCGCGAAUGGCCCGCGCGUGUCGCGUCAAGCGUUGAACCUGAUGCACGUCUGCCUUGACCCGAACCCAACGACCCGUGUCACGAUCCAGGAAGUGAAGAGCCACCCGUGGCUGAAAUCGCGUUGCAAAUAA